AUUAAAGUUCCUUUGAUAAUUGGCUAUAAUAGCCACGAAGGAAUGAGAUUCACUGGUAUUACCUUUGAGUUUAAAUAAUACGUUUGAAGAGAGUGUUGCUGCUGACCUGAAUUUAAGCGACAAGAGUAACGUCCCUAUGUUUGCCAAAGAUAUAAAAGAAUUUUACUUUCAAAAAGAACCUAUAACUCUCAAAGAACGAGAGAAUCUGAUCCAGUACAGAGGUGAUUAUAUGUUUGCAAACGAAAUUCAAAUCAUAGUCGAAAGACAAAUGGAAAGAAAGACACCUACCUAUUUUUACAGAUUUUCAUAUAAUGAUGAAAGUUCUCUUUUGAAGAGAAUUGCAGCCAAUGUAAAUAUUGAAGGUGCUGAUCAUACAGACGAGAAGUACUUCUUAUUUUGCAAGCCGCUUUUGAGCAGGGAAAGGCAGUUAAAAAUGGGAACAAAAGAUUAUUUAACAAUGGAACGCAUGACGAAAAUGUGGUGAAAUUUUGCUAAAACUGGUGAUCCUACGCCAGAAAUUGACGAGGUGAUAAGCACGAAGUGGUCAACAUUGUUACCUAAUAA